CGGCCAUCGUGGUCGACCGUGGCAGCUUUUACUUAUCGAAACACUCCAGCUCGACAUCACACUUGCUACUCUUAGCGUCGGACUUUGCGCCCUACUAGUUUAACCUCUGAGCUCCGAGUCCUAUAAAAAUCGUGGACCCAUAGUAACUUGGUUCAUAACCUGAAAAGCAAACCCAAGACUGUCUACCGGUGCCCAGUCCCACACCAUGCAGACGCACCCCUCAGGUCUCGCAGGCCAACUGUCCUCUUCCCUCUUCCCUACGCCCCGACCCGGCGCUUCCCUCUUACUUUCCUUUCGCUCUCCUCGAACCGUUCUUAUCAUAGGGAGUAACCCACUCGCUGCCAUCCGCACCUUCUCUGCGCUCGAGGCCGAUGCGCGGGUGGUUAUCAUGGGCAAGGGAGGUCUAGAGGCUGCUUGUGAAGAGGUUAGGUAUCGGGUAGGAAGGGGUGAAGUGGAAUAUGUCGAGAUGUGCGACUCGAACGAAGAGGAAGACUCAGAUAAAGUUAGGAAGUUAUUGGAUAGCAGGCCAGAAGUUAGUUUGGUCUGUGUGACCGAUACUGUUAUCCCCCCUGCGCCUACAGCCACCCCUCCCCCCUCAUCUUCCUCCUCAACAUAUUUCGCACCACCACAAUCACAAUCACAAUCCCUACGCCGCCCUCAGACCUCCGCCCAAUCCCUCUUCAACCUCUGCCGUUCCCGCCACAUACCCAUAAAUGUCACCGACAUGCCCGACCUCUGCGAUUUCACCUUUGCGUCCACACAUCGUUUCGUCGAUCCUACGUCUCACGAGGCUACACCGCUCCAAAUCGCUGUCGUCACCAACGGGCAAGGCUGUCGGCUCUCCGGACGAAUACGACGAGAGAUCGUCAGCAAAGUUUCGCCACAUGCUGGGACCGCCGUGGUGAAAGUCGGGAUACUUCGCAGGCUUGCGAAGGCUGCGAACAGUCAGGCCGGUGGUGCAAUUGAGAUGGAUGGUGAGAAAGGUGCUAACGGAAUAGUGGCGGAGGAGGAUGAGUUGUGGAACGACGAGGUCAGGGUGGCUACGCCGAACAGGCCUGUGCCGCAGAGGAGCAAGACGGAGGUGGAGACGGAGAUGGAGAGCGUACGGAGGAGGAUGAAGUGGGUUGCGCAGAUGAGCGAGUAUUGGAGUUAUGCGAAGUUGGCGGCGAUGAAGGAGGACGAUAUGAUUCGUCUGCUUAAUGAUGGCGAUGCACUCUCUUCCACUUCUUCCUCUGACCCUUCGACGUCAGGUAGCAGCGAUGCCACCAAUUCGUUACAUGCUCUCGCCAUCCCACCACCACCUCCGAAGGGCAGGAUCCUGCUCGUCGGGUCAGGACCAGGCCAUCCUGGCUUGUUGACCAUGGCGACGCACAACGCACUCACAAAGCACGCCGACCUGGUCCUCUCAGACAAGCUGGUUCCAGAGGCCGUGCUGGCCAUCAUCCCCGAAGGAGUCGAGGUGAAAAUCGCGAGGAAAUUCCCCGGCAACGCAGACGGUGCUCAGAAUGAGAUGAUGGAAGCCGCAGUCGAAGCUGCCAAUCGCGGUCUUACAGUCGUUCGGCUCAAACAGGGCGAUCCGACGGUGUACGGUCGCGCAGGUGAAGAAGUCCUCUAUUUCCGCAAACACGGGUUCGAAUCCGUUAUCAUCCCAGGCGUCUCCUCCGCCCUCGCAGGUCCCAUCUUCGCCGGUAUCCCCGUCACCCAACGCGGUGCCGCCGAAUCCUUCAUGGUGUGCACUGGCGUGGGCAGACAAGGCAAGGAGGUCAAACUUCCAGGGUACGACCGUAGUCGUACGCUCGUCAUCCUCAUGGGCGUCGCUCGAAUCGACCAAAUUCUCUCCACGCUCCUCGAUGCCUCUUCCGAGUCACCAUCCGCAAAACGUAGAUCUGGGCCAGCGUUCCCUAGGAAUACGCCGAUUGCUAUUGUGGAGAGGGCGUCGAUGCCGGAUCAGAGGGUUAUCAUGAGUACGCUGGAGAACGUGGCGGUCGCGCUCGAGAGGAGUGGUGAACAGAGGCCACCGGGGAUGAUCGUGGUCGGUUGGGCGGUUCCCAGUUUGUGGGGAGAGGGUGAGAUUACUGUGUUGGAUCAAGGGGCGGAGGGACGUGAUCAGGAAAGGGUGGAGAAGUGGUUGGGCGGAGAGAAUUGGAGGGUUGUCGAAGGAUUCGAUAAUGGGUGGGAAGGGUUGUAGGGAGGAUUCAGCCUACUUUUCUUUGAUUCUGCAUGGUUGAUUUGCCCGACGACAAAAGCUUUUUUAUUACUUCUGUUUUUGCUAACAUUUAUCCUACUUGCUGUUGUGCCCUGCAUGUCCUCAUACUUCUGUACUGUAUUUUUAUGCGCUAUCAC